AUGAUCUACACCGGUCCAAACACUUCGAAGGCCGCUGGGCCGCUGGGUCGCUGGGCCGUGCCCCAGUCGCAGGCCGCCAACAAGUUCAGGAGCGACGACAGCUCGUCCGACGACAGCUCGUCCGACGACGGCGACGAGAUCGAGAUACUUCCAAGCGAGCUAGAAGAUAGCAGUCUCUGCCUGGUAGCGGCCAUUUACACGUGUAGGGCGGUCGAUGCCAUCGCCACCCACUCUCGGUUCGAUGAAGUCGGUAAGCUCUCCAAAACCUCAUGUAUUUGA